AUGCCAUCUCCAGUGCUGUACUCGCCGAAACCCAGCCCUACGCCGACUUUGGUCAACAUCCCCGUUACACCGCAGCAGCUCGCCUAUGACUAUCGGACUUCGAGUUCGGCAACGUCACUGUCACCGACAUUGGUUGCCAUUCCACCACAAGCCUCAGCGGCGAUGUCGACCGACGAGGACUCCGCAGAGGCCAUCCCACAAAGUGGCGACUCGAUAUACCUUCCGCCGCCUGCCACCGCCAUGCGGCCGAGCCCCUUGCAGACAGCAGACGUCGCUGAAGGCACUCCGAUCGUUUUCGACACACUGAUCGCGCUGCUCAUAAUACCAUUCGUUGUGGCUGCAUGCUUUCUUGUCCUUCUCGUCUUCAUCGGGGCGGCGGUUCUUCUUGUAGCCGUUAUGGUGGUAAUCGCUGUGGUGGACUGGGUCGGAGCAGCUUUGACUUGCGCACUUUCAUAUCGUGGCUCGCGCGUAGUUCAGUUAUCUCUACACACCUGCGUUGGAGCCGCCUGGUCUCCCGCGUCCGCAGUUUUGGCACAUGCGAUCCUAUCAAGGAUUCCCCUCGAGUCUUCCGCGACUGCUGCUGUAGGGGUGGGUCACACGUCUGCGGCCGGAGGGGCGCUACUUGGCGCGGUAUUCGGUAUAUACACGCCCUUUGGUCGGUCCAAGGAGGAGCCAGCACCGGCGAGGUUGCGUUCGGAAUGGUUAUACUCAGUCUUGUGUUUCAUUGGGAUCUUUGGUCAGGUUCUUGGGGUUGUUUUGCUCCGCUGGAGAGAGCCGAGCAUUCUGGAUGAGUUCGGAACGAGUAUCUUUGGAAAACUGUUAGUCUACAAAUACUAG